UCCACCAACGUAGUCAACAUCCCCAGCAUAGACCUGUACAACCUCGAGCGCCUUAACCACGGGUUUCUGCAGUACGACGGCUACUACAACUACAGCACCGUCGGCGUCAAUGAGGAGCCUAUGAUCGACGUCUAUGUGUUUGACACAGGCAUUACAUUAGACCACACAGACUUCCAGGGACGCGCAUACGACGGACUAGACACCAUCAACGAAUUCCCAUCGGGCGAUAACAACG